AUGGAUGUCAAACAACAAGAGGCUUUUGAUUUGUGCCUGAGUGGACACAACGUUUUCAUUACAGGACAGGCAGGUACUGGUAAAACAUUUUUAUUAUCACAAAUUGCUAGAGCACUGACAAGUACUGGCAAAAAUGUACAGGUUACAAGUACAACUGGUAUUGCUUCUACAUGCUUUCCUAAGGACCUGCAGGCAAUAACAGUCCAUAGGUGGUCUGGACUGGACGAUGGAAGGUAUGCGGCUGAAGAAACCUCUGAACUUAUCAAGACAAGCCCUCAGUUUCACCAGACGUUAAACAGGAUAUGUAACACACAUGUUCUUAUAAUAGACGAAAUAUCUAUGCUGUCCAAAAAAAUGUUCGAACAAUUGGAGAUUAUUUGCUCAUCUGUAAGACAGUCUCAAGAAUAUUUUGGUGGUCUUCAGGUCAUAUUGUGUGGGGACUUUUACCAGCUUCCACCUGUUCCCAAUAGAGAAUAUAAUGACCACGGGGAACUUUGUUUCGAAAGCAACGUCUUCCAAGGUGCAGUUCCUCACAAAGUAAUUCUUACCAAAAUAAUUAGACAAGAUAAUGAAGAUCUUGCAAAGGUUAUUGGUGAAGUAUCCCGAGGACAUCUCAAUGAUUUUGCAAUAAGUUAUUUAAAAUCUUUAGAAAGACCCAUCGAUGAUACUUCAUCAGUUAAACUUUUUGCUAACAACCUUCUUGUUGACACAUACAAUCGCUCGAAACUAAUGGAAAGUGAUGGAGAUAUUGUGGAAUUUAAGGCAAUAGACCAUGGUGAUAAGAGAUAUUUGGUAAAUAUCAGUGCUCAACAAACUUUAUGGCUGAAGCAGGGAUCUCCUGUGAUCCUCCUUCGAAACAUUUCUAGUGUCCUUGUUAAUGGACUGACAGGAACUGUUAAAGGCUUUGAUCCAGAUGGACCUGUUGUAGAAUUUCCUUCUGUCAGAAUUACAACCACAAUAAAAAAGACAGAAUUUUCUGGUAAUGUUCAAGUCAAUAUAUUUAAUAUAUUAUUGAUUUAA